UUGCAAUCGGCGCUCUCCGUUGCGGCGACACCUUCUCGUGGAGAAUUACGGGCUCUCACUCUGAAUGCUGACGCCGGUGUGGUUCAUCCUGGUGGCGAUCGCCAUUCCCUGUCAGGCGUACCUGGACGACCGGGUGCUCCUUGACCAGCACUGGACCGGAUUCAGUCCCACGGUCGGCGCCGCGAGGAGGGAGGAGUCCAAGAUACCCAUACAGGAUCGCCGACACGCAUCCGCUCGACUAAGUGUCAACGAACCCGACAAACGUUCUGCGGGCUUUCACCUGCGCAGUGCCGAGACGGGGCCACUGAUGGUACGAGAUAUGCACUCUACCACAAUACGUAACGCAGAGACUUCCCUCCGAUUUCGCAGCGACAACGUGAGAAAGCCUCAAGUUGCGGAGCGAAGCAUCCGCCACGUUCUGUCCGACCUCGAAAGGAUCAGCAGACGAGAAAGGCUUAAUGACGCAAGUGUACGUGGAGGCCGCACCGACAGAGAUGCCUCCAGAACGUUAUGUUUACCGAAGCAAGAACGCGAAAUCGGGGAUAGGACAAUCCACAGCACGAACGGAAAAGUAUCGCACAGGACGGACGACAAGCGGCGGAGAACCACUGCGGAGGCACCAACGUGGGUGAAGGGAGAUUCGAGGAGAAGGGUCAGGUCUGCCCAUCGCGAUCUUGUUCUUUCAGACAGCCGACUGACACCCAGUCGCAGGAGCCACUGCGACGCUGGCGCGUCAGUCAUUCGUCAGAGGAAUUCUGUGGAGCGUAUCGGACAUCGGAAGCCAAUGGACCGGCGGGCGCCGAGCGUAGAACGGCCCUCAGGACUCACCGAAACAGGGGCUCAAGGCCGCGAGCUAGACACAAGGCGUGAGGUGCGUCAUAAGCAAGAUGAAAAGAACUACGCGUCAAGAAUUAUCGCAGUGCGUCCAGCCUCAAGACGCCAAACACACGGCAAAAUGAACCGCAACCACCACAUUCAUGACGCCAUGUACCAAAGCCGCCUGGUCGUGGACCAACGUAACAAUCUGCACGGCUUAGCGAAAAAAAAUUCUUUCCGAUCGAAAGCGCUGUCUUCCAGAAACUUAGCUACAGGGCGUCAUCGAAUGACUGAGAGGAGACGCAGCACCAUGCUACCAUUACAAGCCAGCACAGAGAGUGAUAGAACAGACGAUGGCCCUCACAACGAAAGGGUGUCAAGAGCAUUAUCUGGGCUUCCAAAACAUGAGGUAAUGCCGCCUAGAAUGAUAUCGACCGUACGAACACAGAAUCAUAGAGUAGACGGAGACGUGACCCGGAACGUGCGACAUACUGGACGUACUGAAACAAGGACGAGCGAACUUCGUUCUUCUUUUCGCGACACCAGAAAUCGCGAAGUAAGACGUAGUCGCGUAAGCAAACGCUACGCCGUUGGUGCUACGGACGAGCGCAGACCAGCUCGCUAUUUAGUCGAACGUGCACUGCCAAACAUGCAAGAGAAACGCCGAGAAAGGCACGACAACUAUUUACCUCUUCUCGAAAGGGUGCGGCCUUCAAACGGGAAGGAAAUUAUGCUGGAAACACGGCACGACCGUAGUUUUGGGUCACACGACAGCGAACGUACCAGUUACAUUCUGGACAAAAGCUUCGCGGGCCCAGUACAGCAUAAGAGUGCACGAAGCGUCAGUGCAGUGCGCAGACAGCUGGGUGUCGAUCACGAAAGGUUUGACCGGACGAGCACAAGAGAGACAUCAAUCCAAGUCUACCGCGCCAGAUGCGAAAUCUGUAAUGACAACGUUGCUUCGUCUCGCAGUGUUGAACAUGGCCGCCGGAUCCCUACGCCUGUGGACUCUUCGGCAAGGAAUACAAAUCGAAGCGGCAACGAGGUUGUUCUUGGGAAAAGCAUCAUUGGAGAAGGCAGGCCAAAUGCGCGUGAGAGUGUCGCACAACGUUUGCAGUAUGUAGAGCAUGUCGUGAGGCACCGAGAACUUCGCCACGACAGCAGCGACGAGCAAAUGCGCUUUGUCGACUCUCGUGAAAGAAUUGUAGCAGACACCAGACGGACCAAUGGUGAAACCCGGUUAGCUUUCGCGAAAAUGCAAAAUGCUAGACAGGUUCGCGAAGACUUCGGUUACAAGGCAUCGCGAAGGUCUACAGACGAGCACAGCCGUCUAAAGACGAACCGCAACGACGCCGUGUUCGACACAACGAGAUCGAUACGGACCAACAAGGAAGCAGGGGAUAAUAGCGGUCAGCGCCCAGAAGAUGCGCGGUCAUCUCGCAUCAGAACGGACCGAUACAUUUUCGAAAGAAGGCAAAGUGACAAGGGGCACAUCGAGGACACUGUAUCCAACGUUCGCCGUGACAUGCCCACCACACUUCUUAAAACAGCGCCACAUUCAUCAAGAAGGUUCCAGAACGUUCGUCUGGCAGACUUUAUUGUACAGGAGGAACUAAACUACCCUGAAAAUCACCAGGAGAGCACGCUGUAUUGGGGUGAACUUGCGUCAAGCUAUUUCAGGUCAGACGGCAGCCUGCUCGAGACGGUCCUGACUGUUGGCGUGGUUGCCUUGAUGACCAUGUCGCCAAAAAGGAAGCUCGUGGACUGAUCACAGCUGGAAAGCAAACAUACGCAGUACGCUCCUCGCCGAACCAUUGGGACCCCUCCUGCCGCACUCCCUGCUUUUUUCAGACUUUACAACACAGAUGAUUUCUUUUAUAGUGAUUCGGUCGGCAAUGCUAUGUACAGCUUGGAUGUAUGCCGUAUAAAAUGAACAAAAGAAUGCUUAUUAAUUUCCGCGACCUGUGGCGGCGCUCCUACAGCGGCCAUCUGGAACAAGCAGUCAGUUCAACCCCCAGGUUGCUCCUCUGUUCCAUUAAGUGGUCUGUGUAGUGUUCCUGUAUACCUCCCAUACAGUAACUCCAAAAUGCGCAUAUUAAAAUAAGCUAUUGCCUAGUUAUUUUAGGAGGGACCAUGGUCCUGUCAGACCGAACGAAAAAAAGUUAAUGUGUGCUACAGCACUUGCCAAAACAGCAGCUGGCUAGCGUGUUAGCAAGAAGCGCUCUAAACUCGCAGAACGUAUACAUAACCAUCCACUCCCUGAAAUAUUAUGCCCUAGUGACGUAGAAACACCAUAUGAAAAUAAGCACGUGGAAGGCGCUUACUUCACGUUUAUAUGCGCGCCCUUCCAACCCUUUUCCAUGACCCCUUCCCCCCCCCCCCCCCCGCCACCAUAUCGCCAUGUGUGAGGAUCACCCUUUCACGUGGAGGAAGGGCGUUCCUCCAUGCCCUCACAUGUAAUUGUUCAUACGCAAAUUCAACCGCUUACCCCUAAACAUCUGCAUUACUUGGUGUCCAAAAGCUAUACAACUAAAGAUCUAAUGCCCAAACAGUCCCGCUACUUUUUCCUAAGCCGAAUGCCCAUGCAAAAUAGUCAAGACGACUGCACUUUCCUCAAACCACAUGGGCUUCCCAAGUAAAUUACGUGGCCAAGGUGUGCUUGACUAGGUUCUUUUUAUAUCACUGCAUGAUGGCAUUGAGAUGCUUGCCCCUUAUCAACAUGCCUGGUUCAGGGACCACAACGUGAUUAUUAUACUCAACCAUAUCUGUUCGUUUCUAAACAAAAAAGGAACUUUGAUGUGCUGCCUAGCUUAUGCAGCCCGAUUUUUUAAAAAUCGCUUUAACGAACGGACCAACCAUCUUAUUAACAGUAUAUCACUGAUCAGCUCUUUAAUUAGUGAUCUUAAAGAAUAUAUUUACGUAGGUUACUUCAGGCCUGUCAUUUUCCAAGGCCGUUCCAUUUGAAAAAUUUUCAUACGCGAUUGUGGGUCAACAUGUCCGCCGCUAAGAUUUCAGGCCCAGCAUACGUACAUCGUUUUGUAAAACCGCACGUCAAGCCCCUGGGGCGGUGGCUUGACGUAGGCGGAUGACGAUGCAACCGUCAAUUAACUCGAGCAAGGGUAUUACGGAUACGAAAUUCUGACAACGGAUAUUCCGAUGCACAAUUGCGUAACAACAAACUUUUAAUGAAGAUGACCUUGGAAAGUGGAAUGCUUUUAUAGCGCAAUAUAAAUAUAUGUCCUAAAAUUUAUCUACAUUACAGUCUCUGUUAAAGUGAACGCCAAAUUAUUGCGAAAAUAAUGUCAACCUUUAAAUAAUUCUGCGUGGAAAUAGAUUUUUUAUUAUUAUAAUUAUUUGCUCGAAUAUAAAAAUGCGUAUAAAUGUAUGAAUGCGUUUUACCAAAAAUUUACCAAAAAUUUAUCACACAAGGCAUAUCGCCAUACUGAAGAGAAUACAGAAUACGCGGCUAGUCUUAAUUGAGAUGCAGGUGCUGCAUAAAAUACAAGUGACCAAAAAUGGUUUCUCGUCCGAGUCACAUGGCAUUGCCGACCGCUUACAACUGCAAUUUUGUACGCCUGCUGUUAUAUGUUCUCUACAAAUGCUUGACCUCAGAAAGUUGAAAUAAAUAUACGGUUGCAUUGCAUAA